UAGAGAAUAUAUAAAGAAAAACUGCAGCUCAACAACAAAAAGACAAGUUGAUUUAAAAAUGGGCAAAGGACUUGAAGAGAAAUAGCUCCCAAGAAGAUAUAGAAAUGGCCAAUAAGCACAAGAAGAUGUUCAAGGUCAUUAGCCCUCAGGGAAAUGCAAAUCAAAACCACAAUGAGACAGCACUUCACAUGCACCAGAACGGCUAUUAUUUUUAAGAAAGAAAAAAAAAAGGCAAGGAUCAGGUGUUGGGGAAGAUGUGGAGAAACUGGAGCCCUCGUGGCUCAGCUGCUUCAGGAAACAGUUUGGUGGUUCCUCAAAAUGUUCAGCCUGGAGCUACCGUACGACCCAGCAAGCAAAGACAAGGAUGCAAACAGAUCCCCGCAGCGUGACAUUUGUAGUGGCACUAGUCACAACAGCCAAGAGAUGGAGACAACUUGAGAGUGCAUCAGCCAAUGGACGGAUCAACAAAUGUGGUCUGUCCUUCCGGUGGAAUAUAACUCAACCGCGAAGAGGAACCGAGUCCUGAUACAGGCUACGCACAGUGAGCCUGGAAACCGUGCUAAGUGAAAGAAGCCAGACGCAGAAGGACAAAGAUUGCAUGAUCCCGCUUAUCUGAAAUAGCCACAAUAAGCAAAUUCAUAUAAACAUAAGUGGAUUAGGGGUUACCAGGUGUCGGGGGCAGGAGGCGCAGGGAGUCAUUGCUUCAUGACUGGAGUGAUGAGAAAGUUUCUGAAAUAAACUGUGGUGGUGGCAGCACAGCCCCGUGUAAUGGAUGCCGCUGAAUUGUGCACUUAAAAAUGGUUGUCACGUUUUAUGCUACACGUACUUCACCACAAAUAAAACUUAUCAAAAACCACCACAGCAAUGCGCCGACUAAAAACACUGUGACCCUGUCUUCGCGUGCCCUCCCCGCCCUCUCCCAGUUGGUGGCUGAGCCGGCACGUGCCGUCGCUUCUCGGCACAGCGUCCGCACUCCGCGCUCGCCCGCACCUGCCUUGCGCCAUCCUUUCAUCGGCGUCGCCCGUCACCCUGGUGGCGCACGCUCUCUGCGGUGUUUCUAAAGAACGCGGCUGGGAGCAGCGUCCCUGACGUCCCACCCGUCGGUGGGCACUGCCCUGCGCUCGCGAGGUCUGCUCAGCUGAGGAGAAAACUCCAUGCUCUUUCCCGCACCUCCUGAAUAGACUAACCCCCUGCCUCAAGCCUGUCUGCAGUGUCUGCUGCCAGCCAGAACUCCCCUUUGCUUGGAUACAUAAUGGACUUUUUCCCUUUUAGUUUGAAAUACAGUAAUUAAUACAAGAAUGCAACUUGGUAUCGGUUUUUUGCUUCAGGAAAGCUUCCUUGAGUUUUUAAUAUUUGUUCUAUUCUCUUGCUUCUGUUUUCUUCUUUGGGGCCUCCUGUUGCAGAUAUGACGGCUCUCUUUUGUCUCUCUUCUAUGUCCCCCACUCUCUUGACUCCUUUUCAUCACUUUAUUUCCUUUUUUCUUUACAAAGUUUUUAUCUCCUGUUUCUCUUAAGGAAUUAUCUGCCGUGUUCCUUCUAGCUGGGCCUUCCUGUCUGAGAUUUCUUUUCUUCUUUCCUGAUUCCUUCCUGAGUUCUAAGCCGCUCCGGAGUUCUCGUGGUUCCGACGAACGAGGGUGCUUCGCGCCUUGCGGUGUUUUCUCGGGCCCUUCAGCUCACUGAAUGAUUCCAAGCUGGUUUUUCAUCGUCCGCGGGGUGUCCCCGGGAGGACGCUCCUCUCGCCCCAGCACCCCGCGCGGGCAGCAGCGAGCUCCGCAGGACGAUCCUCCGGCUGGGCGGACGGGCUCGCGGACCCUGGCUCCGGCUGGUGUCCCUCUGCUCAUGGCUGCAAUGGGCACCACUUUGGCUUCCGUCCUGUCUGUGUCUGGCACCAGGUCCGGGCCGCUGUGGCCGUCCCCGCGGCAGCCUCGCCUCCUCGGGAGUGUCACUGCAAGGUGGCUUUAUUUCUCUCCGGCUGCUGCCCCCACCGGGGUUCCGCUGCCCCUGCCUUUCCUGCCUUUCAUGACUCACUGCCCUCGAGCCACCGCGUUCGUUUUCACCCGUCAGCCCCCCGACUUGGCUCUCGCCCCCCCACUCCCUGCCACAGCAGCCCCCCCAGCCCCUGCUGCUUGGGGCCCCUCACUAGGAGAUCCUCAUGGGUCAGCAAGACGGCUGGUGCUUGGCCAGCUCAGCCGUGCCCACCCGGCCCCGGAGUCCCACGGUGCCCUCGUGCAGGAAGCAGAAGCACCACCGGACCCGGGAGACCAGCUGGCCCACGGCUUCUGGGUUUGCACCCUAUUCUGUGCAGUUCUUGGAGUGGUUUGGGGGGAUUCUGGCAGCCCUUAUUUUUGAAUCUGUGGGUUAUGGCUGCUCCCCGAUGAGGUGAAAAUGCAAUGAUCUGUAUAGGGGUUUCCCUCCUCUUCCCCCUCCCUUCCCUGUUGUUUUUCGGUGACAAUCAGCAGGAGAGAGGGAAAGGCUUGUCUUCCUCCUCCCUGUUUAUACCUGUCUCUGUUGCUUCCUCCCUUUGUUCAUUAAUAACCUCUGCACCGAGUGGAUGCAAAGCUGGUCUGGGCCUCUCCUGUGGCCACAGCCAGAACUUAGAAGAUUAGCACGUGCAGCCGGGAGCCGCCACCAGGAGCGACUCCGAGAGGAGGUUGUCAGGGCGGCCGCCGCUGCUGCAGCUCGUGGCGACAGCCAGGUGGCUGUUGGGGGGCCUGGGGGGCGCUGGCUUGGCAACCCAGCACGGCGGCUUAGGGGUGGCCCCACAGACACAGAUGCUGCAGCUGGCACAAAACCCAGCUGCCUCUGCAGGGCACCCCAAGGCCACGGCCCACAUGUGCCUGCAGCUCUGAGCCACGCUGCCAUAGCUGGGCCCCGCUUUGCAAACCAGCUCCUCACCUUGCUCAAGGCUGACCCUGCGGCAGCCACCUGCUGUGGUGAGGACCCAGAAGCCCAAAGCCUCCGGCCACCUGGCCAGGCUGGCCUGUGGAGAGCUGACCAGUGAGGGUCAGAGUAUAGCUGACGGGGUCC